GAUUACCUUUUUGCACUUCUGCAAGAAGACAGCAGGAUUGAUGUUCCAAAUCCAUGAGGAAUUCAUAGAUGUCCACCCAUAUCUCUCUCUUGCACUUAAGGAGCCCUCCCUGAACAACCCCACUGAAGCACGUAAGGAGAAGACAGAGAAAGACACCAUCAGUGCCAACGUUGAUAAGUUAAUUUUGUUGGAUGAGGAAACGUCUAUCAGUUUGGAAAGAGAAGCAGGUUCAAGCAAUUUGCUGGUAGAUUCUUUGGAGGGAGAAGAUUUUGAGAAACAGCUGUCAUUCCUGGAUAACGUAUUGAGUCCCUGUUCUUCAAGUGCUGGACAGAUCACACAGGAAUGUCAAAAUGUGUCUGGGAGUCCUCAUACCAAUCGCAUUUUUCAGAAUACUCCUAUAGAGUCAGAACCUCUGCCUAGUUCUUCUGGAUUCCUACCUUCACAGAUUCUUGACCUUGGCCUUCAUGCUGCUGGAAGCUACAGGAGCUGGACAUCUCAGUCAGAAUUUGUGCAAUCUCUUAUCCACUUGGUGCCUGGUAACCAACCAUUUCCUUCACACAGCACUCCAAAGCAAUCACCACGAUCUAUGGAGAGCAGUAAUCAAGAUGUGUCAGCCUGGUUCAGUCUCUUUGCAGACCUGGAUCCCCUUUCAAAUCCAGACACUAUUGGACGCUCAGAUGAUGAACUCCUCAAUGCUUGAGUGUUGAUGCUGUGUGCAGAGAUGAAGAUAAUUUUGGACAUCUGUUCCCUGUUAUAUCUUUUCCCUCCUGUUUGUGAGCUACUUGCUUUUUUCUCUCAAAGUGUAAAAUCAAAAUUAUAUUUUUGACUAUAAAUAUAGUGACAAUUCAGUUGGAUGAAGUAACAAGAGAUUAUUUUUGAAGCUGUAAAUGCUUGCAGGAUACACUUCCCAUGAAAAUCUGAUUUAAAAUGUUUAUUUCAUUUUUUGGGUAAUUACCUUUCUGCAAUUCAGACAAAUAGCUCAACCCCACAAAAACUGCUACUUUGCCAAAGAUAAAUUCUUUAGCAAAGUUGAAGUUCACAAAACAGUGUAAAAGACUAAAUGAAUCAAAGAAAGCAGUAACAGGGUUUCAUUUGUGCUUGAACAGUCAAUAAUCAUUUCCUGUAACUAUAGACACAAGCCAACAUUUGCAAAAAAGUGUGUUUAAAUCUAAAUUUCUAAAUAUACAGAAUAUAUUUGGGGAAGGGAUAGCUCAGUGGUUUGAGCAUUGGCCUGCUAAACCCAGGGUUGUGAGUUCAAUCCUUGUGGAGGCCAUCUAGGGAUUUGGGGCAAAAAUUCAUCAGGAAUAAUACUUGGUCCUGCUGUGAAGGGGACUGGACUUGACCUUUCAAGGUCCCUUCCAGUUCUAGGAGAUAGGCAAUCUCCAUUAUCAUUAUAGCACCCUCACCUCCUAUCUAAAUGAAUAGGAGCUGCAAGAUACAGCAUUUUUAAAAUGCUCUGAUUUUAGGUGGCUGUGACUAUCCACAAUCUCGUAACUAAAUAGUAACUAAAUUUAACUCUUACACAGCAUUUUUUCAUUACCUUUACUAACUUGUUGAAUUUUAUCAGAGAAAAACAGCUUUGGUCCUGAGAGCUCUCAACCCCGGUUUGGUAGAAUAGGUGUGAAGGGCAUUCAGCACCUUGACUUCAGGACUGGAUGAAAAGGCCAUGAGCCUCUACCAACAAUCAUUUUGGGCACCUAGCUCUAGGCUGUUUAUUUUUGGUCUUUGUGAGGGUAGUAGUUCGUGAAAACAACAAAUGGAAACAACACAAGCCCUGUUUUGAAGAUAUUUAUUGAAAAUGUGUGACAAUUCUGGGAAAGUAAAACAAAUCAACAUCUGUUCAAGAAGAAAUUUCUAGCAGACAUAAGUCUCACAUCAGUCUAUAAAAAUAGAGGAAAAAGACCCCAACAAGACUAAUAUGUGCAUUAAGAGACAGAGGUGGAUCAAAAUACCCAUGGGUAUCCAAAUAUUGCUGGUCUUUGCAACUGAAAUUCCCCUCCCCCAAAGUUUUUGUGGAGAAGAUGAGUGGUCUCCAGCAAGAGUUAACAACAAAUCAGAAAAGAAAAACCCUUUUUGAUAUCAUUAGCAAUGAACUGAUGUGCCACAUUAUUUCACAGCUGCUGGGGGAGAGAAAAAAAAAAGCAUAUUCUUGUAAGGAAGAAUUUGUUACUAACACCACAAACAGCAAAGCUAAAUAAGAAGUCCAGAGAUUGGGGAAAGGAUAAUGGAUACCCCUAGUUGUUAAUUUUCCCCUCAUUACCAAAGUUUCUUCUUUUAAUAACUCCUAACACCUUGCUUGAAAAGACAUCUUGUCAACUUUAAUCACUUUUGAUUUCUAUUCCCAAUGGGUAAGUUGGAAUACAAGUACCGACCAAUGAUACACUUGCUGUAGGCCUAAAAUUCACCAGGACUAUUUUUUCCAAAUGUUUGCUAACAGGUGCAUAACUUUCCCAAUAUCUGAACUUCCCCACUCUUACAAGGAUAAGGGCUAUGUAAGUGCUUACCAGUACAGGCUCCUGUUUUCCCUAACAGGAUCAAUUUCUACUGUACUCCCCAGUAAUUUCAAGUUUUGAGAUCUGGUAAACCAUAAUUCAAACUAACCUGAAAAAGUAGCCUUGAAAGUAAAUAUUCUUGAAGAAUUGCUAUUGUUAUGGAAAUCUUGAAAUUUUAACAAGUUAUGCAUCAAUAUUUUUGUAUUUUUCAUGCUUUUUUCUUUACUGGGGUCAUAUGCAUGAAAACAGGAUUUUUUGUAAAAAUUAAUGCUUCCGGCAUGUCAUUCUUUUUUUCCUGUGACAUCCCAUUAAACUGAUGUCACACACAAUAUUAUGGCAUCAGGUGAGGAAUAAGCAGCAGAAGCAAAUGAAAGUUUAAGAAUAUCCCGUUUUCCUGUAUCUUGAGCAAAAGGAAGGAAAAUAUUUGAAUAGAUGCAGCUGACAACCUGGAGUUGUAUUACAACUACUACAAUGGUCACAAGCCUUUUGUACUUUACAGAGCUUAUGAACUCCAUAAACAUUGGAUUGUUUUUAAUGUUGGUAGAAAAUAAAUAAUUUAACCUUAAGUGCCUAUUAACUUUAGAUUCCUCACUUUUGGGAUGUCCAUUUUAGAAUAAUGAGGGCCUGAUAUUCAGCAAUAGUAACCACUCAAAUACCCACUGCUUUGAACUGUAGUUGGGAGUACUUCAGCAUCUUACAAAAUCAAGUCCUAAGCAUGUCAAGGCGUGGGCUUACAUAAAUGGUCACUGGAAAGUUUUUGACUAAAGAAUUAGAAAAUUCAAAAAGGUAGCUAAAUCUUGUGUACUAGUUUUCACUGAGACUAGGCAUGUCAACUAAUUUGAAGUCUGUGUGUCAUGCCAUAUUUGAUAUAAGUAUGGAACAACCCCCCAAUUUUGCAAUUAAAAACCCACACAUUAUACUAGGAUCCAUGUUUUGAAAAAGACCUACAGUUUUACCAGAUACCUCUCUUUUGGAACAAGAAAGAGCAUUAAAAAUUUAAGGCUAAAGAAAGUUUUUUUGCAAAAGUUGAUCUUCAAACAGGAGUAAUUUAAUCAUCUAAAUAUGAGUCAUCGUUGUGGCAGAUUAAAAAAAGUUAGUUUCAAAUGCAAUUUUUUAAUCCAACUUUUAUAAAAAAAAACCUAUAAUUUUCAUGUUGUUCCUAAUGGAGUAGCUUCCUGUUUUAUAUAGUACAUUGUCUCAUAAUGCAUUUCUAUGUGAUCUAAAUGAGGGGGUAAUGCUCAACUAUUACAGGGAUGGAUAUUACAUAAACAGCUAAGAUCGGAGACUCCAUUUCCUAUUUUAAAAUAUUCACUAUGUUGAACAAAGACAUUAGGAUGCAGUUGGACGGAGGAUGGUUGUUAACCAAGUUUUAUUGUAUGAUGACUUUAGCCCUUUGGUACUAACUAUCCAGUUAAGAUCUCCUCAUAAGCACCAUGCUGUUUGGCGUUAAUGGCAGAAGCACUUUACCUGUAACUAUGAAGGAAUUAGAAAUUAGUUUGGAUGCCAUACAAAAAGUUUCCUUGCCUAAGCAUUCCCAUCUUCCAGAAAGCAAAAAAUAUCAGAUUUUGUCCAAACCCUAGCAAGCUAGUAUGAUUUUUAAAUGUUUUAAAAAGGAGACUUCUCUGAGGUGUGUACAGAAUCAACUAGUAAUAUUCCAUUAUUCCUAAAACGGUAAUCUUGUAUAAUGCAGCUUUGAUGCACUAAAUACCACCAUCAUGUCAAAUUCUUCCCACCCCCAACUUCAUUGGUGUGCUAAACCCCUCUUACACAAGUAAUCCUACUGAUUUCAGUGGGAAGGAGUAAAAUGAGCAGGAUUUGGUCAAUCUGUGAAUUAAUUUAACAGAUCUGAUAACUAUAAAUAAUCACAACAGGCUAAGCGGUGAAAUUUGGUUAACAGGUAAGUUUUAAAAAGAGUGCUUCAUUAUACCAUAAUUACUGCACCAGCCUACACAAGUGCUUUUUACUCUUAUUCUUUUAGUAGAUUUCUUGCUAUAAUGUUAUUGUGUGGGAUUUAUCAGACCUACCUAAUAUGCAUCAUAAGUACAUAGAAACUAUUUGCUGCUAAGACACCUGUAUUUUUCCUGGCUGAGGUGUCUGCAACCAAAGUGUUAGGCUUGAUCUACACUAAAAUGGAAGGUUUAAGAUACUCAAAUCCAGCUACAUUAAUUGAGUAGCUGGAGUUGACGCCAUCAACUCAGCAGGAGGUUGAUGGCUUCCCUUACUCCUUGUGAGGAACAGGAGUAUCACUGAUGAUGAGUUCGAUUUAGUGCGUCUUCACUAGACCCACUAAAUCAAACCCUGGAAAAUUGACCAUGACUACAUCAAUCUUCCCUAUAGAGUAGAUGUGCCUUUCGCGUGUUACACAAAGAACAGAACUAAUUACAUUUGUGAUAUGGUUCUUAAAAAGAUGUAAUUACAAACAGGUGUGUGAUUAUGCAGCUAAUCCAUGGCAACUGUUUGUAUAUAAAUCAAUGAGAGCUACACAUAUGCAGUGUGUGACUAUUCAGACCUAGAGACUAUAAAGUUUAAAUACGUACUUUGAAAUUACUGAAGCUACCUCCCCCCAAAACAAGGCUCCUGUCAACUGAUUUUUGUAACCUGAAGAUACUUUGGUAUUAAAGCAGUUGCAGAUUUUUGGACUGUGAUAUUUAUGUAAGACAAGGAUGCAUUUCAGUACUCUGGGAGAAACUCACUGCAGUCCCUGAACAAGCUCAGUAUGAAACAUCCCUCCCCAUUUUCAUUUUUUAUUUCAACUGUCAAAGAACCAGAGGUACAAAGGAAACUGGUAACAGCUGCAAAUCAGAACCAGGUAUCAACACAUCCUCUUGUGGACAUACUCAACAACAUUGCUAAUUAAAAAGGAAGAACAUAUCUACUGCUGUUGAGUGUUGUGUGACAAAUACUAUACCUAACAAACUACCACCCUCAACAUACCCACAGAACAAGCACUAUGACAAGGACGAGGAACCAUGCAGUUGUUUCAGUAUCAUGUGGCUAGGGUCUCUAGUACAGUGAUCAGCGACAACAGUGAAUUUUGUGUCAAAAAUGAUUCAUGAUUCAGACUGAAUUACCCAGGUAACCUAGAGAUUUCCCAAGGGACAAGUGGCAGGAUUUGUUUUGGUGUUUUUUUUGGUGUAGAUGAGAAAUAUUAUUUUUUGUAAACCAAACAAUAAUUCUAUGGAAAACUGAUUACACUACUUUGGGCUAAGUGCUCUAAAAUACUAUCUUCUGCCCAUGUAAUUAAAUGUACACAGGAAUUCUAUAAAGGGAGUAGGAGAGUCCAAGAACAAUGUGGUUUACCAAAACACAAACAUCUGAUAUCAAAAACAAAUGCACAUAACAUACUAAUAUUCUCUUUUCUAAUUUUUUUUGCAUUAAUUUAUCUACUUUUAUUGGGGAUAGGGACUGUUGAACAAGGUCACAUGAUUGACACUGCUACAGUAUUUCAACAAUCCUUUGGUCCCAGCAGCUGGAAAACAGCUGAAAAAAACAUACCACCCAUAGAAGGGAAAAACAGUGGCUUAGAAAGUGUCUUUUGCUAUGUAUCAGAAAAUGCAAACUUGUUAUAAAAUAUUCAUUUUUAUACAAAAGAUGGGUCUUGCAUUACCACAUGGUUACCCCUCCUUUUGCAGGUUACAGUGGUUGCUGGCAUCAGCUGGCUCUUAAAAUUUUCACUGUUGAAAAAAGUCUAAGAAGAACAAAAAGCAUCACCACAAUAACUGAUCCUUCCAAUGGUAAAGAAUUAGUAACAGUCUCUCUUAUCAGAGCUUGGAAAAAAAAAAAAAA